AUUUGUGGCAUUUCUAAAUUCUCUCGGGAGAGACUCAACCAUGCCAACUCGGUACAUUUACGCCGACCUGGAUGCUUUGAACCAGGACGUGUGCAAGUAUAUGCGAGCCCAUGCGAAAGACUUCUCCGACGCAGAAUUGACCAAGCAUUUCCCUAUUAGUGCAUACAAGUUGACAAAGUGUUUAUCAUCUGAUGAAUCGACAUAUUUUAACGGUAGUUAUUACUAUCUGAAACUCAAAGACGUGGAGGCAUUUCGAGCUGUGGGAUGGACAAUGAGACCCAAGAGUGCGUCCAAGUAUCGUACGCUCGGCCAUUUACCAAAGCCCAAACGGAAUCCCGACAAUACCGAGACGUUGGUGCUAGUUGCGGGAAAAUUGGCCGGCUCAAUUCUCCUCGGAGUGGACAAAUACUUCGAAGCUGGAUGGAGUGUGCACUGCUAUUGCUUUAGAGAUCGAGACUCCAAAGUAUUCGAUCGACUGGUGUUGGAGCAUCCAACACAAUUCAAGUGUAUCUAUUUGAACAACUCGGUUAGAAACCUGAUAAAAGACAUUUCGGGCGACUACGAGAUGAUGUUCACGGCUAGAGAUACGCCUCGCGACGAAGUAGUAAAGAGUAUACCGGCGAACUACAAGAUAUCCGAUUUGUACGAGUAUAUUCAUGAGCUGCAGGUGAAGAUUCUAGCAAUGGAAGCGGAUUCCGAAGCGCAGCGUACGAAGCAGCAUGAUGAUCUGCACUACAAGCUUCAGCAACAACAGGAAGCUUUUGCCUAUCAACUCAGCAAACACGAUGAGGAUUUUCAAGAGCGUUUAAGAGAACAUCACAAGGCUGCAACAUUUCAUCGUAAACAACAUGAAAAAGUUAUCGAAGAACGAGUGGAGAUUUGUACGAAUGAAGUUGCGACGGCGUUGUCAAACCUUGGAGAACUAUCGGAGCGGGUGAAGCACGAUGUUGAAGAGUACCAGAGAGCUCGACUUGAUGAGGAACUUGCACACUGGCGGCGAGACAAUCUUGUGAGCAAUACCAACGUCGAUGAUCAAGACAAAGCAGAUCAUUCGUCACUGCUAGAUGCAGUCGAUUUUGUACUCAAACAGAACGGAGUUCAUACUGGACUCAAGAAUUGGAAAGCUGCUCUGGUAGUGCUGGUGAUCCACAAGAUAACGGCAUGGCUCUCCUCUGCCAGCUUAGGGACGGACUUGGUCGGUAUACUCACGACUUCUUUUGCCGUCGUUAUGAUAACAUUAUGCGUGGUCGAUACUCUUUAACACACUACAUAUGAUACAAAAAGUCUGAAGUAGUACACCAUCGAUUGAUGUCUUUCGAUCCAGUAUUUCGGACGUGUACCAGUUUGUUAGAGAGCUAACAUGCUAUCGCGAGGAACGUA